CGCGAGCGCGCUACGCGCGCGUGUUCACGCCGCGCACGCCUUGAUACGAACGCCACCGUUGCCGCCGCGCGUACGUGAGCGCGCUUCGUUGCACCGCCCGCGCGAAGACGCGCGCGAAACGCGCGUCGCGAUGGCGGGGCAAUCUCGGAAUAAGGUUAUCAUGCCUCGAAAGAUGAAAGCGCUCGUGAAGAAAGCCGACGGCGGAUGCGCGAAGUCCGCGCUUGAUCUAUUUCACAUGAUAAGGGACUUUGACGAAAGUCGCGUGUGGCUCCAGAAGGCCGCCGCGCUCGGGGACGCCUGGGCGCAGUUCAGAGAGGGACAGUUCAUUCAGUCUUUCGCUACCCAAGACAAAGGCUUGUCGUUUCUCGAGCGAGAGAAGGAGUAUCAAGACGCCAUCGUGUUGUUGAGGAAAUCGGCCGACCAGGGACACGGCCAGGCGUAUAACAUACUCGCGCAUGCGUAUUAUAGAGGGUACGGCGUGGAGCAGGACAAGGAGAAGUCGCACGAGUACGACCUCGAAGGCAGCAAACGAGGGUACUACUUCAGCUCGCAUAGCGUGGCGAACAAUUAUCUGCAAGGCGCGAUCGGCAAAGACAAGGGAGACAAGGGGAGGGACGUCAUCGUGGCCGAGCGUUUCUAUCGCCUGGCGAUCCAGCAGGGCGGCGCAGAAGCCCGGGAAUCCAAAGACUAUUUGAAAAAUAAUGUCGUGGGGCCGCGCAGGGAAAUCUUAGGCUUGCUCGAGGAGCAGUGCGGGUUUCGAAUGAAGCCGGACGCGAAGAAACGGUUCGUCUCCGGACCGCUUCCCGGGCCCGACGCCGGCCGUCAAUUCGACCCGGACUGCCGGAUGUAUCGCGAAUUCUUCAGGGCGCACUCGCAAUUCAGCCACAUCGCGCUCUGCUUCUUGCACGGGAGUUGCGGUUUCGACGUCAACUGGCGCCUCGCUCGCGAGAUGUUCAAAGCUUCCAUCUCGAACACGUGCCCGUGUUGCGUCGACGACAGAGACCGACCGGCGGAACGUCUCCUCCGCGCGUUGCGCUCGUGCGCGUGGUGCGGGAAAGAAGACGCGAUGAAGACGUGUACGCUGUGUCACGGCCCGCGGUAUUGCGGCCGACGGUGCCAGCAGUACGCGUGGAACCGGCGGCCGCACCGACUGGCGGAUCAAUCUUCCCCCCAAUCCACUUUUCAUUGUUGGGCCGCAUCGUUGUGGCCGCACAAGACGUGGUGUCCGAAAACGACGACGCCGGUCCCGGCGCGGGAUGUCUUCGAAGGCUUCGUUAAACACGGACCCGACGACGACGACGACGACGACGACGACGACGACGAGUGA